AUGUUUUAUAAAUUCAGAACAAAGACAAAAAAAAGCAAGAAAGAAAAAUCUGUGAAGAAAGAAUCAAAGAAAAAGAGUAAAACAAAGAAACAGGAGAAGGGCAAGGUUGAGAAGGAGAAGGAAAAAGUGAAAGAAAAGGACAAGAAAAAAGACAAGAAAACUGAAUCUCCAAAACAUCAACAAGGUGAAUUUUAAUCCUUAACCCAUUAGAGUGCAAGACUCUCUCCUUGACGAGUAAAAUUGUCUGGCAUUAUGCUUUAGUCAUUUGAAACCACGGGCCCCCCACCCCCGGGACAUAGCGGGGAAUUUAACACUGACCAGUGUUAAAAAACAUUAAUUCCCCCGUCCUUGGGGCAAACUGUUCUAGACUGUUAAAACCCCCGUACAGCCGGGCUUCAAUAUACCUAAACUAUAAAUAUACAAGACAAAUUCCGCAUCAUGCAUGCAUUUGAGUUACCGGUCUUCCGCAACUUUCAGAUUGAAUUUCCGUCAAGUAUUCAAGGUCGGUGUGUAAAUACUGUAUAUAAUUAUAUAGCUAUCAAUUACAUGGCCCUACAAAUUAGUCACCAAGUCUACCUCAACUUGCUGUGAGUUUUUUAAGGAGCAAAAGAAAAACUGAGAUCUGAAAACGAUAGAGCAAAAUGUUUAAUAAGCGAAAAACCGCCGUUAAGCUGCCCGUGUUUUCUAUGACGCGCAGUGCAUUUUACUAUAUUAUUCUAACAAUGGAAAAGGCGAUGCCUGAUGCUUAUUGAAUAUUAACAGCAACUGCAACGGAUGGCUGACAGGCAGACGAUUAAGUAUAAAAUUUAAAGUUUCAAACGCACGUAACUGUUGAACAAGUUUUUCACCAGUCCCCGGCUAUCCCCGGUGUAUUCAUAUAUAGCGGCUGUUAUAUUCCGGGCCAAUUGCCCAGUUAUAUAAAAACAUUUAGUUAAUUCCACCGCCCUCCGGGGCAUAGCACAUUGUUAAAUAGUACUUAAAUCUCGGCUAAAUUUUGUUAAUCCCCCGCUAUGUCCCGGGGGUGGGGGUCCGUGGUUUCAAAUGACUGAAGCAUUAGACAGAGUAAAAGAAUAUUAAAGUAGGGUGCAUUUGGCCGCAUUGCUGCUUAAUGGAUUAAGUGGCAAUGUGCCCUGAUGUGCCCUACUUUACUGUUUUACUCUGUCUAACACCAGACAAUUUGACUCUGUCUAAAGCCACGUUUACACGCUCCGAUUUGUCACGUACAAUCCGUAUUCUGGCGUAUUAAAAUGAGUGCUGGCACCAUAAUUCAUUGCUGUUUCGUUAAAAAGAAAUUUAAAAUGUAGCCAGCUUACGUGUGUUUACUCAAUGACAUACGCCAGAAAAUGAAUCGUACACGUACGAUUAAUCACAGCGUGUAAACGUAGCUUAACACAAGACUGUUGCUAAUACUCUAUUUAAUGCCAGACUGUUUUACUCCAUCCAAUGCCAGAUGAUUUAUUCCUCAAGAGGAGGAUGCUGGUGCUCAAUUGGUUAAUUAAAAGAAAUUGUCAUAAUGCUUGAAACUUGUUUUAUUACCAGCACUUCCAGUGUUUGGAGUGACGAUAGAAGAAGCAGUACAACGUAGCAUGUUGCCAGAUGGAGUGCAGUUACCACGUAUCAUCAGGGAAUGUAUUAUUCAACUUGAGGACAAAGGUUUGUCUAAUAAAAGCAUAUUUGGAUUGAAUUGGUCAGAAUACAUGAUCACACAAUCAUGUAACUCAUUUUUCAAGUCAUUUAUUUAUUGCAUUUAUAUUUCCAGGUUUGUCCCAAGAAGGCCUUUAUCGUUUGUCUGGUGUAAAAUCCAAGAUUGAACAGUUGAAAGAGUUGUACAAUCAAGGUGAGAUAUUUUUUCAAACUUUUCCUAGCUUACUCGAUUGUCCAUUUAAGUGAAGUCAACUCUUUUUCAAUUUUGUGAGGAAACACUUGACUAUACCAAUCACUUAUGCUUGUUUUUAUGUACGGUAUCUUGUAACAGGAAAGAAUGCUGACCUUGAUGAAUUCGAACCAAACAUUUUAGCGGGGCUUAUUAAACUAUUUAUACGCGAGUUAGCAGAUUCCAUUCUUCCCGACGAAAUUGCUCAGCGGUUUGAGGAAGCAGCAGGUUUGUCAAGAAGGAGUCAUUCAUUUUAGGCCUGACAAAAAAAGUCCCUGUAGUUCUGGUUUCCCGACAAUUAAUUUAGCUCGUGAUUAUAGAGAUUUUCUGCUUUGUUUUCCAGCAAUACCAAAUAGGCAGGAGAAAAUAAAUCAAUUUAAAAUGUUAAUUCCCGAGCUACCUGUUCCCAACAAAACAUUGCUGUCGUGGCUGAUGGUUCACAUGUUACAUGUUUUGCAAAAGGUAAUCUAGCUGGCCUUUAAGUGGCAAUUAAUGCAGCGUAUAAUUUUAUUUUACUCCCUCUAAUGCCAGAUGAUUUUACUUAUGCUGUCUUAAUUUCUAGUAUCAUGUGCAGCAUAUGAGGUUUCAAAACAGUUGUUGGAUGCAAUUUUUUUCCAUUUUUGUGCAGGGACCAGAAAACAAGAUGUCCAUACAGAGUAUUGGUAUUGUGUUACAUCCCACAACAGGAAUAGCUCAGCCAGUGCUGAAUGUUUUAUUGAAUAAUAUUUCAACAUUAUUUGGAGAGACACAGUUAACUAGGUGGGUAUGGUACAGUGUGGUGUGUUGUGGUAUGGUAUGGUAUGCUGUGAUACAGUAUGGUAUGGUAUGGUAUGGUAUGCUGUGUUUUGGUAUUGUAUGGUAUGGUAUGGUAUGCUGUGGUAUAGUAUGGUAUGGUAUGCUGUGGUAUUGUAUGGUAUGGUAUGGUAUGGUAUGGUAUGGUAUGGUAUGGUAUGAUGUGAGAUGGGAUGGUAAUGUAUGGUAUGGUAUUGUAUGGUGGUGUUGGAUGAUGUAUGGUAUGGUAUGGUAUGGUGUGGUAUGCUGUGGUAUGGUAUGGUAUGGUGUGGUGUGGUAUGGUAUGGUGUUGUAUGGUAUGGUAUGGUGUGGUGUGGUGUGGUAUGGUAUGGUAUGCUGUGGUAUGCUGUGGUAUGUUAUGCUGUGGUAUGCUGUGCUGUGGUAUGGUAUGGUAUGGUGUUGUAUGGUAUUGUAUGGUAUUAUAUUGUAUUGUAUGGUAUGGUAUGGUAUGGUAUGGUAUGGUAUGGGAUGGGAUGGGAUGGGAUGGUGUGGGAUGGUAAUGUAUGGUAUGGUAUUGUAUGGUGGUGUUGGAUGAUGUAUGGUAUGGUAUGGUAUGGUAUGGUAUGGUAUGGUGUGGUGUGGUUUGGUAUGGUAUGGUGUGGUGUGGUGUGGUAUGGUAUGGUAUAUGAUAUGGUAUGGUGUUGUAUGGUAUGGUGUGGUAUGGUAUGGUAUGGUGUUGUAUGGUAUGGUCUGGUAUGGUAUGGUAUGGUAUGGUAUGGUAUGGUAUGGUAUGGUAUGGUAUGGUAUGGUAUGGUAUGGUAUGGUAUGGUAUGGUAUGGUGUGGUGUGGUUUGGUAUAGUGUGGUGUGGUGUGGUAUGGUAUGGUGUAUGAUAUGGUAUGGUGUUGUAUGGUAUGGUAUGGUAUGGUAUGGUAUGGUGUUGUAUGGUAUGGUCUGGUAUGGUAUGGUAUGGUAUGGUAUGGUAUGGUAUGGUAUGGUGUGGUGUGGUGUGGUCUGGUAUGGUAUGGUAUGGUAUGGUAUGGUAUGGUGUUGUAUGGUAUGGUAUGGUAUGGUAUGGUGUAUGAUAUGGUAUGGUGUUGUAUGGUAUGGUGUUGUAUGGUAUGGUGUUGUAUGGUAUGGUCUGGUAUGGUAUGGUAUGGUAUGGUGUUGUAUGGUAUGGUAUGGUAUGGUGUGGUGUGGUGUGGUCUGGUAUGGUAUGGUAUGGUAUGGUGUUGUAUGGUAUGGUAUGGUAUGGUAUGGUGUGGUGUGGUGUGGUGUGGUGUGCUAUGGUAUAGUAUGGUAUGAUAAGCCCAGAUGAUCUAAAAUUCAUUUUAUUUCAGGUAUGAAUAUUCAGUGAAGCCUGAAGUUGAUAUCUCAAGUUUAUCGACACCUGAGUAAGUGAAGAAUGUGUUUAUUUGUCUGACGUGUUUUUAUUUAUCGUGUUGACUCAUUCGUUAUAAUUCCUUGCUCUUUGACAAAACCUUCAUUUUCUUACCAGGGAAAUAGCGGCUGAACUAACUCGACAAGAAGAAAUUCUCGCCAAAUUACAUGAAGACAUGAAAAAGGGAACUCCAGACGAGGUAUGCAAUAAAAAUAAAGAUCCAUGUUCGCAAACAGGUUACUUUACAUCCGCCAUGGUUUGUGUCCGAACCACAUGAAAAAUAUUAAAAGAAUAAAAUAAUUUGAGUGAAAGUCUUUCGUGAAGAAGUUUGGAGAGUGUAAGAAAAGACACGUCCCCGUUCGGUAGAUACAGAAUCCUGCAGUAAGCUCAAGCCUCAAGCUUUUAUAUAUUUUUGUUUAUAGACAGAAGAUAAAGACGAGGAAUUGUGGGAAGUGCAACGAAAAGUCACUAUGUUAAAAAGAAAGGUAAAUCGAAAUAAGAUAAUUAUAUUAUUUAUGAAUCGCUCUCCAUUAUCGCAUGAUUAAAUAUACAGCAAAAUUCUAAAUACAGAUUUCUUAAAGCUUUAUUACCGGUUUGACAAAUUUAUUUCGUGAUUCUAGUUACGCGUGGCGAAACGUAAACAAGAUGCAGAAGUUGUAGAAGAACAGAAAAAGCAAGAAGAAAAUAAGCCUCCCACACAGGAGGAUGGGGAGGAAGGUAGGAUAUGUUCGUUUGUAUCAUUCAUUGUUUGCCCAAAGCUCGUGGAUAGGUUUGGGAAUAAACAAAGUUAUAGCCUGCGAACAGGGUUAGUUUAGUUUAGGUUUCCUCCUGUAGUAACAGUGGAUCAAUAUUAAAGAGAUGAUCUUUACUGGACCUCUAGGAAGAACAGUUUAGAACUGAUAGAGCUAUCCAAUAUAAGUAAAGUUAGUUUAGUUUAGGUUUCCUGCAGUAGUAACACUGGAUCAAUAAGGGAUGACUCUUACUGGAACUUUGGGGAGAACAGUUUAGAACUCUUUUGUAAUUACAAAUUGGGUUUUUUCAGAAACUCUGAAACGUUUGGAACUUGAGGAGAUGGAAUUGCGUUUUGAAGAAGAGGUUAGUGUACUUGUUGGGAUUUAAUGCUUUCUGUGAUAUUUAAAAUUCAAAAUAUACAUGAGAAUUGGAUUUCAAAUACGAGGCAGCAUAAAAAAAUACAACAAAGGCGAAGCCGAAGAAGACAAUAGUCAUGCAAUUUUGAUCAACUUCCAAUUUCACGUUUAUCUCUUACUCUGUGUCGUAAUAAAAUUUUACCUGCCAAGAAAAACUUGAUCAAACUUAAUUUCAGUUCUAGAACUUCAUCUUAAAUACCGUAUAUGGAUUACUCAAUAUUUAUAGAGUAUAUUAAUCCUUGUAGGAAUUACUUGAUGUGCGAGAACAACUUGAAAGACGCCUUCAAAAUGAAAAGAGCGAGAUAAACAGACUCGAGGUUUGUUCUUCCAGUUAAUUAUACUCGUUAAAGUUUAUGAGUUUACCACGGCGGCCAGGUGUAGGUUUUUUUUUAAAAAGCUGCAGUUUUCUCCUAUUGUAAACUAUUGUACAAUACCAUUAAUGUAGUUUUAUAAACUGUUGCAUCCUCGUAAGCAUAAAAGCCUCGGAUACGAGGUUGAAUCAGUGAACUCCAUAAAAACUGGAACGAUAACUUGGGCUGUGUUUUUGAAGCCAAGGGUAUGUGGCAUUAAAAUGAGCAUUUAUGUCUAAAAAUUGAAAAACAUCGGAAAACUUCUGUCAUUUUUCAGCUCUCGCGAAACUCACGCGAAAAACACACGUGUUCUCCGUUCCAGUAUUUCUAGAGUUCAGUGGGUUAAUCUGUUGCCGUUCUGAUUUCUCACAUACAGGAAGAAAUAACAGAAGUGAACGAAACAAGGGUGAAUAAUUCUGGAGUAGCUUCAGAUCAGAACUCAUCUUCCGCUUCAGACGAUAGUGAAAGUGUAUCCUUUUAUGAUUUCCCCCCGGUAUGGAUGCGGCUUAGUCUGGUUGAGGGGGUGGUGGUGGGGGGUGGGGGAGCUGGGAGGGGGAGGGGGUAACCGACCAUCGAUGGUGACAAGGACCAUAAUCACAGAAGGAAUUUGAGCGCCUGUGCCCGAGCUGUGUGUAUAGAGGUGGGAAAAGCUAGAUGCUAGGAUUCUCAAGCUACUUAGGAGGUUAUCAGCCCGUGAUAAAAAAUAUUAAAAUGGUCCAACAUGACCUUGACACGUGAUUUAGGAGGACGAUGAUGAAAGUGAACUGGAAGAAAUUAUGAAUGAACUUGUCAAACAUAACACAGAACUCGAGGUAAUUCACUAAGAUGACUCGCUGCACUUCAAAUGACAUCAUAACGUUAGUGAAAGGAAUAGAAUAAGAUUGUAGGGGGGGGGGGGGAAGGGGAAGACUUGAGCCCUCCUUGUUAUAAUUUCAUGACCUCCCAAUAUUUUUGCAGAUUGCAUAAGCAUAAGCUAAGCACUAUUUUUGCUUCAUGAAUAAUUCGUGCAGUUCUUAAUUGAUGCUAGUAUUUUUGUUUGCCAAUGGAAAUUUUGAAUCGUCCCAUUUAUUUUCUUCUAAUUUAUUUUAUCGCAGGAGAAGAAUGAGAAGUUAUUCAAACAGAUUCACGACGAGCAAGAAACCUGUGUCGAACUCAAGGUUCAAAUAAGAAUGGUCUCUGCUACACAAAAGGAAGAGACGGAGAAGCCGUUCUCGUGA